AGGAGGGAAAGGGGGGGGAGCGCCUACAGCUUAGACAUUUUUUUUAAAAAAAAAUUGGUCUUAUUAAAGGCAGGCUUGCCCAAGGCUAAGAGUUGGUGAUAUCAUAAUUGUUGGCUUGCCUGCCUAGCCAAAUGCCUUCCUGCCUCACCUGAUGUUCAGAGCAGCUCCUGGCUUCCCAGCGUUUGGGAGCCUGAGCAGUGCGCGGAGGAGCUGCCACAGGUCUCCUCUCUCUGCAUGACCUGGCCGCGUCUUGGAGGAGCCGCAGCCACCCGUGCUUCAGCGGAAAGGAUUCCUGGCUGGCGUUGGUGAUGUUGUCACUGCUUCAAGUCUAGUCUAAUAUUACGCUUACAUCUUCGGAUUCUCUGGACAGCAAUCCACGCGGUGACCGAAUGCAGACCCAUGACGAUUCGGGAUCCCCCAUCCAACAAGAGACCCCGGGCUUCUGCUGCCAGCCGUACGAUGGAGAGAACAGGUCUGAAAGGUCACAUUCCGAGUCUCCUCAGAGCUCCAGCCCCUCGUCCCCACUUCCCGAUCAGAUCUACGGGAGGCUUCCUGCCAGCCAGGGCGCCCACGCCGAGGAGGACACCUUCAAGGUCCCGUCCGCCACUGAGAAAUUCAGCCAGUACAGUUACGAGGACAGCUCUGUGGGGACCUGCGGCAGGUUCCUCAAGAGCAGCCUCCGAAACAACCCUUUCCACCCUUACAAGAGGCAGUUCUCGGAAGAAGCCUUCCCGGAGGCUCACCAGACCCUGACAGUGGAUGGGCACCUGUUCAAAACAGCAAGCCUGGACGGCUUUGAGGAGAUGAGCAGGGCAGCGGUGACCGGGGAGGCAGAAAUGUACAUCACACACAUCCCCAGUCUCUCCUCUGAACCAGCUUGGUGCAACGGUCUCCAGUACAAUAACCCCGGCCAGGAACAUCAUCCUCAACACAUGGAUACAGAUGUGGAGCUGAAGACGACGCUGGAGGAACUGCCGAGCCUUUACUGCUACCAACCUCAAGUGCCUGAGAUGUAUUGCUCCACACACCCCUUCCACCAGUAUCCUGCAGUGAACACCUACCCCGUCACCUACAUCUCCACCUCGCACUAUCCGUACCAAAGUAUUGCUCCUCAGAGCCCCCAGGAACACCACCAGCAGCUGUUCCCUAAACCAAUCUACUCCUACAGCAUCCUCAUAUUUAUGGCACUGAGGAGCAGCAAAACUGGGAGCCUUCCCGUCAGCGAGAUUUACAAUUUCAUGACUGAACACUUCCCUUAUUUCAAGACAGCUCCGGACGGUUGGAAGAAUUCUGUACGCCACAACUUAUCCCUGAACAAAUGCUUCGAGAAAGUGGAAAACAAAUCUGGCAGCUCCUCCAGGAAAGGGUGCUUGUGGGCACUGAACCCAGCCAAAAUCGAUAAGAUGCAAGAGGAGCUUCAGAAGUGGAAGAGAAAAGACCCAAUCGCUGUCCGGAAAAGUAUGGCAAAGCCAGAAGAACUUGACACACUGAUAGGACACCAGACGGACAAGCCGAGAUCCUCCGCGCUGGCCUGCAACCCGACUGGCAUGGCGAGUCCGCCCACGCCCUCCCGACAGAUGCCCCUCCAGCACCACCCCCUGUGUGAGCCGCCCAUCCCCUCCAGCACCCCUCACGCAGCGCAUGCACAAGGCGCUCUGCCGCCCACCCACCCGCCACCCAGCGUGCUGGGGGGCCAACAGACCUCCUGUUACGGUGCUCCCCCUCCAGGCUUCCCUCAAAUCUCGCCUGCCUUCAUGCACCAGGGGCAGCCGGACGGGCCCCAAACCCUCCUCCCUUCGGCAGAUGCCCAGAAUGGGCACAGAGGGCAAGACUCUCCGGUGGCCACCCAGCUCCCUCUGGGACGCCAAAUGAAGAUGCUGGCAGCAGCCCGUCCCCUGCAGGAUGUGCUCGCGCCAGAGGGCGACCUCAGCAACGAUGUGGAUGCACUGAGCCCUUCCCUCACCGAUUUCAAUCUCCAAGGCAAUCUUUGGGAGGAACUGAAAGUCGACAGCUUGGCAAUCGACCCCCUGGUCCUCAUCUCCUCCUCCCUGGCCCCUGGCCACUGUUCCUCUGCUCAGCAUCAGAUGGAUGGCAACAGCAGCAGCUUGCCUGACCUACAGCUGACCACCCUUUACUCUGCUUUCAUGGAGCUGGAUACAAAACCGACUUCCUACCUGAAUAAUUCGGGGUCCAAACCUGUGGCUCUGGUCUAGGACCCGAAGCCAAACUGAGAGUUCUGUCUGUGCCAAUGUCGGGGGUUGACCUCCAAGCCAAGCUUAUUAUGUAUGCUGAAUGCCAAACGCAGAGACCAGUCCAGGACUUUAUCCUUAAAAAACAAAAACUCCUUUCUUCCAGAUCUGGCGUGCAGAAGAUCGAAGCGUACCCAAGUGCCAGACGGAAAUGACACACACAUAUAUUCUAAAAACCCAAAUUGCUGUAGGCUGCUGAAAAGGCAAACUGCUGUUCACCACAGAGCCAUUAAACCACAGAGUCAAUCAAGCUGCCCUUCCACAGCAAAGCCAAUAAGAGGCUUUCUGGCAAAGGGGUCAGACGGAAGCAAAAGCCAAUUUUUAUUUUUAUCUUCAAAAAAAUGUACUUUUCAAAUAUCCCUCAGUCUGACAUCAGCUGGCAACUCCAAGUCAGUGGAAUCCCCUCCGGGUUUCCGUCCAAACUUUCAAGGUGCACCUUGGACAGCUCCUUGAAAGUUCAGACCAAAACCUGAAGCAGGUUCCACUGCCCCACUGAUGUGGAGGUGCCACUGGCAAUACACUUUCAAAAAGUAGGUUUGGGGGCUCAGGGCUGUGAAGGAGGUAUGGACAGAAACCGUGACAGGAUUGGAAAAUAUGGAUGAAGACUCUCUUUAAAAAGAAAAGACUCAAAAGAGGUUAGUGACAUGUCUCCCAGAGGUUCGCAAAUUAGACAACAAAGUUUGAUACCAUCAACAGCACACUUGGUAUUUCAAGAGCAAACAGGCAUGGGCCUUGCUGAGGACUUAACGGGAGCACGACACAGACCCAUCACGCACAUUUUGUUUAAAAUUUGUAUGUGCUAAUGUAUGUGCUGAUGCAGCCAAUGCUAGCCCUACUCAGAGGAGACCCACUGAAGUUAAUAGACAUGCCUAACUUAAGUUCAUUGCUUUCGACCGGACUGCUCUGAGCAGAACUUGGGAUGCCACCAUAAAUACAAAUUAGACUUCUGAGCAAACUAAGAUUGUGACUGGGUAGCGUGGAGGGAGGGGGUCCAUCUCACCAGCCCUGUACUUUGCAGUGAGUCCAACUGCCCUGUGAGUAAAGGUGUUCUUUUUAAUUCAAAAACACGUUUUCAUUGGAGUUCUUCCACUUUUAAAAAAACAGGGGGAAGAUGCCGGUGAUCUGAGCCUCACUGCAAAGUCCUGGGGCUUUAACAAUGCCCCUGCAGAGGGCUUCAAGAAGUGAGGGCCUCGGCUGCCUAUACAUUUGAUUACUGUGAACCACCUGGAGAAGACAUUAUGGUCAAAAAGCAAGUGUAAACAUGGUAAAAUAAAUAAUGUUUUUAAAAUCAGAAAAGGGCAUACUGAUGGGGGAAUAUGGAAUGGUUUGCAAAUUCAGUCACACGUCUCACAAUUUCAUCCCACUGAGCCAGGGGGGUCACCAAUGUGGCAACCACUGUUACCAACCCUGAAGAGACAUAUCAAGGGUCCUAGGAAGCUGCCUUAUACAGAGUCAGACCUUUGUUCCAUCUAGCUUAGCACUGUUGGCACUGACCGGCAGCAGCUCUCCUAGAUUUCAGACAGGAGACAUUCUCAGUCCUACCUGGAGGUGCUGAGGAUCAAACCUGGGACCUUUUGCAUGCAAAGCAGAUGCUCUGCCACUGAGCUAUAUGGCCUUUCCCUUAAAAGAAGAAGUUAAGAUUCUAGUCCUCAUGGCUUUGAAUAAAGGGUUGAUUUAAAUAACCCCGGAAGCUGCCUUCUGUCGAGUCAGACCAUUGGUCUAUCUAGCUCAGUACUGUUAACACGGACUGGUAGUGGCUCUAUUAAUGGAGUAAAAUGCCACAAAACUAAAUAUUGUCCCUUGAGGGAGGAGGUGUUGUUGGGUUGUAGCAAUAAUCUAGUCUGCAGCCUUAUAUACACUUACUCAAAUUUAGGUCCCAUUGAACUCAAUGUGACUUAUUUCUGAAUAGACUCAUGCAGGAUUGCACAAUAAAUCUCCUACAACAGCUGCCUUUUCAUUUUAAUAAAAUGAUCAACCUGUUGUUACAGUGCAUUUUAAAGCACUUUUCCUUGUAGAGUACGGAGGAUAUCAGUUCAGUUUCUUUCAAACUAAUCUAACACACACACACAGAGAUGAUUCUAUUCAAGUAACUAUUUCUCAAAGUAGACUCAUUGGAAUUAGUGGACCUAUGUUAGUCACAUCCAUUCAUUUCAAUGGGUUUACUCUGAGUAUAACAAACAUUAGAUACAGCUUGGUGCUGGGGGAGAAAUUUAAUUCACAUUUAAAGCUGAAUCAAUCAAAUUUGCACUUUCUGAAACAUUUCACAAACCGAAACACAAUUUCCCUCGAAAUUCACACUGCUCCAAAUUUUGCAGUGCUGUUCUUUAGUCAAGUAAUGCAUACAAAGACUCAUCUGCUAGGGUGAAGUGUGCAUUAAAAUGCAUAUUAUUAGUGAAAAUCGCAUGCAAAAAUGCAGACUUUUAGGGGAAAUGGCAGUGCCACAAUGUGUAUAUAUUAGGAGAAAUUUGUGUUAAAACACGAAUUUUCAUGAGGACUUUAAAAAAAACUGCAAACUGAUGUGGAAAACUAAAUUUAAGAUUGGAAACAGAAAUGGACAGAUUCACCCAUCCCUAAACACAACCUUAUAUAUGUGUGUGUGUUGAAAGCAACAGUUUGUGUCUACAUAUGCGUAACUCCUUUCAAGCCAGCAAGUUGUAUUCUUUGCCCUGCAAGUGCUUCCCCCUAGUGGCUUCGAUAGGGCUUGCUUGCAGUGAACUGGUCAUCCCCUUCCAAAUUUAACCUUUAAGGUUACCCAUAGAUAUAGACCAAAGAUCCCUCAAACAGAUCUUGUUGAAACCUCACCCCACCCCGCAAAAUAGCUAUCUGAAACAUGCACUUCAAAGCUGGCUAGGGGGAGGAAUUCUGUUUAAAGGCUUGUCGGUGACAAGGAUGCUCCUCUCCUUCACCAUUCUAAAAACAUACAAAGGCAGGGCAUUUCUUUAUCAACUGCCAAAAGGAGAGGGGGGAAAUUGUUGCAUUAAAGUCUGUUGCAAUGCCGAGAAGGGUUGCACAACAUGGUUGAUGUGGCAACACCAAUCGCUCUAGCGCAGCUCACAGUCAGCUCAAGAGCAUGCACCUACUUCUUCCAAUAAUAAGAUGAAUUCAUUAAUAAGCAGCCAGUCUCUCCCACACCUUCCCUGCCCAAUUUGAAGUAUCAAGCACAAUUUAUUUCGUCAUGAAAGUGGCAUGAGUAAAGCAAUAGCGCCCUCUCUGGCUAAGGCGAGAUAGUUGCCUUCAGCAGAAGCCAAGCCACAUGCUUCAGAAAAGCCGCCGGCCCAUUUUCUGAAUUGUGGCACUUAAGGGGCCCUAGAGGACUACAUCCAGCUGUGUCCUGCUCAAGAGUAGACCCACUAAAAGGAAGAGAACCAAGCGAGUCACAUCCAUUCAUUUCAAAGGAUCUACUUUGAAUUUAAUUAACGUUGGACAUACAACCCAAAGACUUUUUCUCCAUUGACCAGAUGGUUGCUUACCAAUCCCACCCUGCUCUGAAGACAUCGUGAGACUGCCACCUGGCGAGCCCCAGAAUAAGGAGUGAUGAGGCUGCAUGGAAAACAAUGUAUUUUGUCUGCUAGAAACUACAAUCCUGUCACUGCAGCCCGGGUUCAAGCACAACACUAAGCGCCUGGUGGCUCCAUUCAUCUUUACCUGCACAAGCCUGAUCCCCCCUUCAUCCAGCACAGCUGUGAGGCACAAAUCUGAAGCUUCUGCCUCCUUGUUUUAAACUAACCACAGUUUAUAGUUUUGUCUGAGCCAGGAAGUGUGGUUAGUUUAAUCUACAACUGGUCCAAACAAGACAGGAUCAGAAACCACAGCUUGAUCUUGACCCAUUUGGCCCAGAACAGGCUCAAUACGUUUUGCUGAGCAGAAAAUGAUGUUCCACCACUGUCACCAAAUCCAGGGGUAGAGUACUGAGGCCAGCCAAGUGAGUUUGGCCCCUAAAAAGCCCAUAAGCAUCUCUUGCCAUCCCAGCAGUAAAAAUACAAUAAUACAACUGAACAGCAAACGUUUGUUGCCCUUUCACGAAACCCAAAAUCUGCAGCAGCCUCUUUCUGCCAAAUGGAUUAUAUGAAGGGAAGAGGAAACAGCUUGCAAAAAUGUGUAUGUUGGGCAAAACUGCAUGCCUAAAACAUGCCUAUCAGGAUAAAUGUGUGUUGAAAGGCUGAUAAAUUUUCCUGAGCACGUUUUUUUUUUUUUUAAUUGUAAACCAAUCUGCAGUGGUGGCUGAUAGCUCCAUGUCAGUGGUGCAGUGGGAUCCGCUCCUGGGUUUUAGUCCAAACUUUCAAGGAGCUGUCCAAGGUGCAGAAAGCUUCGGCUAUGGGGCUGUAUACUAAUGCAAUAAAUAAAUAAAUAAAACCCAGGGCGGAUUCCACUGACUGACUGACAGGAUGAUGGGAGUUGUAGGCCAAUAACAGCAUCUGCAAGGCCCUCCUGCAACUGAAGAUGUGGAAGAAGCUACCAGCAAGGAGGGGGCACCAUCCUCUGCCCACAUCAAUCAGCCUCUGAACAUUAAAACAUUCCCACUUACUCUGCAAACCUUACACGUGUGUCAAUGGCUCCUUUCGCCUCCGUUUUUGGAGACUGUCCUGAGGACUUGCUGAAGGGCACAUAAGGCAAAGAAAAGGCAAAUAAAGACAUACAUAGCAAACAUACCUUGGCCAGAGUCACGCACCUUGGCGGUUGCCUCCAUUUUGCUUGCAUGACACACAGGCUGUAAGCAAACCAAAGGAUGGAUCCAGCGUCCUUCAAACUCUGCCUGCAAGAUUUGCAACAGAUUCAGCUGGUUCCCCCUCAUUCUGUACAGAGCAAGGGGGAGGGACCUCUGACCCACCAGUUCGGCCUGCGCAGUCAUGUCCCCCCAAACCACACCCACCUGUUGGUCAGCUGAUGUCACUGAAGGGUGGGGUUCAGCCCUGCAGCCUGUGCUUCACACCCCAUUGGGAAGGCACUGGUGAAGCAGGAAUGAACUCUCCGCUCAUAGAGAGCAACAGCGAGCAAAAUUGGGUAUCCCCAAUUGACCUUCUGCUCCCCCUGUUUGGCUGUGACCAGCUUCAAGGUCAAAUUUUUGUCACUGCAUUUCAUUUCAGAGAUAGAGGCUUUGACAAAAGCUGACCCCGGGGGUGGGGGUUCCUUUGUCAAAAGAUUCUCUCCGCCUGCCUCGGUGUUUUCACAGACUGCAACUCUGAAGUCAUGAAAAGCACAUGCAAAAUGAUGCAGAGAAACACCCAAUUUGUGGAGGCCUCAUUCCACCUUCACACACCCCCAGCUCAAUAUGCUGCACCGGCUAACUAGCACUCCUGCUCAAAGGGGAACUGGUACAGAAAUUUAGAGGGAGCGGCCCUAGCUCAGUGGUAGAGCUGUUGGUUUGCCUGCAGAAGGCCCCUGGGUCAAUAAGCGGCAUGGAACGUCCCCUGCCUGAAACCCUUGAGAGACACUGCCGGUCAGUGCAGACAAUACUGAGCUAGAUAGGCCUGACUCUGCGUAAGGCAGCUUUCCACGGUCCUAACUCAAGGCAGACUCUCUACAGCAGCCUCCCGUUCCCAACCUGGUCUCCUCCAGACAGGGACAAAGGUCCCAUUGGCAGAGUGAGGCAGCUCCAUCGAGUGGCAGAUUUGGGGAACAGCGCUGCCCAGCCAUUCUGUGGUCUGGUCGAAGAUGUUGAGGCAUCUGCAGUGGAUGCCCUCUGGGACUAGCUUCCCAGGCUGGAGAGGUCUACACCUCCUCCCCAAAACACUCACCAAAGAGACCCGGGAGAAGGGUGCAGCAGUGGCCACAAGACAAGCUCAGAGGAGCACUCCAGAUUGAAACCGUAGCUAGAGCAGGCCAUGGCCAAGGGGCACCCAGGCACUGUCCAGCAAGCAAGGAAGACCAGAGACCUGGGCAGCUUCCAGCAGGCCUAAGUCUGCCCAAGGGAGGCCUCAGAUGCUCUGGCCUCUUGGACCGCACCCGAAUCACAGCUGCUAGUGGUGAAGGGGUUUCAGGGAUGACUUGCUCUUGAGGAGACCUCUACUCUCGAGUUGCACAAUGACUCUGCACACGAUGCGGCCUGGCCCUUUCAGCUCCAGUGCUCUUGAGGACUUGGGGGGUGGCUCCACCUUCACCUCUGGCAGCACAGAGUCCUGGUAUGUGUAUUCUCUGUUAGAGGGAGUCUGGUCUGGUCAUGGAGGUUCAUUUCAAAAAGAGUACAUUUGGCUUCGAUAAGUGAAAAGUUGCACUACGCUGUUGCACGAUCUCAAAAAGAGUACAUGUACUCCUACAAGAGUACGGCUGGUAACCCUAGCUACCGUGCCUGAUAGCAAUGGAAAGCCCUGCAGCACCCAGGAUUACAAAGCAGGGCCACUGAGGAAGGGGUGGGCGCCAGUGUGGUGUCCUGUGGUUACAGAGUGUCAGAGUGGGACCUGGGAGGAGACCAGGGCUCAAAUCCCCACUCUGCCACAAAGCUCGCUGGGGACCUUGGGGCCAGUCACUGUCUCUCAGCCUAACCUACCUCACAGGGUUGUUGUGAGGAUAAAAUCGGGAGAACCAUGUUUGUAGGCCAUCUCGAGCUCCUUGGAGAAAAGGUGGGAUAUAAAUAUUGUUGUUGUUGAUGAUGAUGAUAAUAAAUAGUAUUUC